UCAGCAGUCCCCCACCUGGACAUUCUACUGUAUCCUGGAGAGCCCGGAAUUCUGUGAUGUCACCAGUGUUGUGGCAACGCCAACUGCCCUUGAGGCAUUCGUUCAGUGCCUGUGUGGUUCACCCACAGUCAUGCUGACACGACUGAGCAGGCUGCUUGGGAGACGGGAUGGAGUGCGCAGAGAGACCAGAGAGAGGCCCAGGGAAGAUGGCCUUCAGUCUCUGAGUCACACAUCAAGAAAUAAAUGGUUCUGGGGAAAGCGCAGGAGUGCUGGAAAAACAUCAACCUCAACCUCCGCCACUGAGCAGGAGCAGCAGAUGAACAAGGUCGAUGAAUUGACCCUUCAGCUUCAGAUGAUGACCAAUGAGAGGGAUGAACUUCGUGCAAUCCUGGCCAAUUACACCAACAAUGAUGUGAACAACAGGCUGAAUUCUGAGCUGGAGCAACUGAAAAUGGAUCAUCAGAAGAAGAUGUCGGAUGUGAAGAAAUUCCACAAGGAAAUUAGUGAGGGCUCAUACAAGUGCAAGGAGCUGACUGAGAAGAUCGACUCCUACCGCACCCUGCACAGCCGGCUGCUGGGGGAAUGGACACAGAUGAAGGAAAAAGUGGGCAUGUUGAAAGAAGACAAAAGAAAGCUGAAAGAGAAGCAGAUUUUCCUGCAAGAGUCCUGUGAGGAGACAAAGAGGCGCUGUGAGGAGGCCCACGAGAAGAUCUAUAACCUCUGGACCAAGCAGCAGCAGGAACAACAAAGACUGGGGAAACAUCUUCAUUCCCUGCUGAAGCAGAAGGAACUGGUUACCCAGCAAAAGGACAUGGCAGUAAAGCUGCAGCAUCACUUUACAAGCACCUCGGAAGAGAACUGAGAAGGCUGGAGGAAGCCAGAAACACCUUGAAGGCAUGACAUUCUACACUCCAGGAUCCAGGCCUCCUCUGCAAAAGCCACAUCCUUGCUGCUGUGAACGCAGCAGUGAGGAAAAUAUCAACCUACCAUCAGAGGAUCCAGCCGCAAUCUGAUCCACCUCUGUCAGCUCACGAUUUCCAGAGAAAAGACUGCACCAAAAAUAAGCUUGUAAUUCAGAGGACACCCCACAAAUUACUCAGAAGCCUAACAUCUAUUACCAAGUGGCCCCAGUGUGGGCAAAACAACAUGGAGGGAGAUAUGUGGGUGAGCAAGAAUUAUUCUGUCAGCUACGGUCUAGGGCUUUGGCGAGUUGACUCCAUAUGUGAUGUGGAAUCUGACAAGGAAGACUCUGUCACACUGCUAUCCAGACAGACCGCACCCAAAAGCCCAAGAUUCUCUCUCUAGUGCAGAGCUGACGCUGACCCCAUAUCACACACAAGUGUUGGUGAUGAUAAUUCCCUACAAGGCCUAAUCCACUUCCUCGUGGCUCAUGUUAUUAAUUUGCUUUUUCUUAAAAAAUUCCAAAGGGAAGUGGGAAUUUUGCUUAAUUUUGUUUGGUUGGUUGUUUUUGCUAUGUUUUAGGUUGUUUUGGUUUGGUUUAUAUCUCGGGGUAUCUAUGCAUUACUUUUUUGGUUUUCUUCAUUUUAGUGUAAGGUUCUGUUAGUUUUUGUUAUUUCUUUUGUUCUUUCCAUUGUUUUCAUAGUUUGCUAAGGUGACACACUGUCUGUAAUGACCACCAUCUUAAAGCCCCCAUUGAAUAAAUGAAUAUUUUUUGAAUAAAAAGCAAUUUCCAGCUUUAACUCUUAAAACUAUUCUUUAGUCAGGUGAGCUGUCACCCUCCUGUAAACCCACAACUCACAGGCAUAGAUCUGUAUCAGCAAUUUCCAGGCACCUUGGGCCGCACAGUGAUUUCCCAGCCAUGGGCUACACAGGCAAAUGGCACCUUGGAUAUGGAUACGGAUGGUAUGGCCUAUCCAUGUAUACCCACUAGGCAACAGAAAACUAGACAUAUUGCAUCUUCGGGGUCAUAUAUUUAGCGUCCAGUAGAAUGUGGUACACACACUGUACAACAUGUUCAUGAAAUCAUGCAGACCUGUAGAGGGCCAGUUUUGAACUGCAUAGAAACUCUGCAAGGGAGACUUGAGGUAGCAUUCUUGCUGAUAGGCUUGGCAAACCAAAUUGGGAGGUGGCAAACCUCUCCCAUCAGUAGAGUGCCUUGCCAAUGGUCAGUCCUUGAGAACACAGAUGUGCACUGUAGUUCAAAGGCUCUGAUUAGGUUGUGGUUUGUCUUCUGAUGAGGUGUUUUUACAUAUUAUAUUAGAACAAGAGUUUUUCCCAUAACACUGAGCUUUUUGUUU